GAAGUAGUUCACACACUUACAAUUACACAACCAUCAAAACGAAAAAUAGAGAUGGCACAAGUGUUAGCAGAACCUGGUGACGUUAGACAUGGGUUUUCUUAUAAUACUUCAUUCAACCGUGACUUUAGACGCAUUACUGGAAUAGCAGCUACCAGAAACGGGAAUAUUCUGUUGUGUGACUAUGAUAAUAAGAAUCUUAUUUUAGUUGAUUCAUCAGGACAUUUGUUAAAGAAUCUUUAUGUAGACAGUGAGCCAUAUGAUUUGACUAUUACAAGUCAAAAUAUAGGAUUCAUCACUCUCCCCAAUACCAGAUCUCUUUUACAAAUAGAUCCUGAAAGAAUGGUGAUACUCUUUAAGGCAACAUGUGAGGAUCUACACACUAAUGCGUUGUGUGUAUCAGCCAUCUCUAAUAGAGGAGAAGAUGUAAUUUUAAAUUUUGCAUGUUUGCUUGGCAUUAAAAGACAUGGUUCAUUUUACGCAAUCCCCUUCUUUAAAGGAUGUGACGAAGAAAUGUAA